GAAAAGCGACAUUUGCAGUGCAAGAAGAGGAUAUGAUAUGAGUACAAACGUGGUAACAGCAAUGUGGCUGAACAACAAACAAUUUUACUUGAUCUAAUGGAAAAAUCCUAAUCAAGGAGAACGAUAAGAAGACCUGGAACGGCGAGUUGAUGAUAUUGAACAAUAUUCAUAUAAACAACUUGAUCGUCAGCAAAAAAAGAAACCACUGAAUUUGUGUCGGACUACAGCUGGAAGAAAGUGAAAGUUCCCCACCAAUCUACAAGAAGAUACUGUAUCAAGUCACGUUGUGCCUCGCCUAGACCUACACGUGUGUAUGUAGGUGCAGUACCAGCAGUAAUAUAAGAGUGUAUAAGAGUGACAAAGUCCGUGUUUGGAGGAGGUGGAAGAAACACAGGACUUUGUCACCUGGGAGACAGCUGUUUGAGUCCCGUGUGAAACCACAAGUCAAUGUCAGUUGAGUCAGAGAGUUCACAUUGGUGCGGCCUGUGCUGCCUCGGCCCUCUGACCUUCCACGGUCAGGCUGUGGGAGAUCAGAUCUGCCUGAGUCACAGAGAUCGGCUCGCAGAGAGGAGGGAGUCCACUUUCAAAAAUGGCCUGGUGUUCAGCAGCCGCCCAGUGAAUAUCCGGGAGAGGAUUCGUCUGAGGGUGCAGAAGGAUUUGUUUACCUGGCAUGGAGCUCUGCGUUUGGGCUUCACCAACAUCCCACCUUCAGACAGACCUCUGCCUCUGCCCACCAUAACCAUCCCAAACCUCACUGACACACAUGGACACUGGUCUGCUCCUGUGCCUGAAUCCUACUGCCAUGCAGGUUCAGAGCUGGAGUUCUGGGUUUCUAAUGGAGGCAACAUAUACAUUGCUAACGAAAGCUUCGGGCAGCGCAAGAUAUUUACAGGAGUGGAUCUCAGGCACCGCUGCUCAGAGAAACGAGGACUGCCCUCAAACUAA